CCAGCCCGGGCUUUGUAUCAGGCACUAUGCCCGCUUUCAAUUUUGCAGCUUCCGCGAAGCGAGGUUGAUUUCUUGGUGGUGGCUCUGAAGGCGCGCCAUGGCGAAGAGCGCCCGGGACUGCCUGCUGGACAGCUUGGAGAACUUGGAGGAGAGCGAGCUGAAGAAGCUGAAGGUCAAGCUGAACGAAUUCCCCGUGCGCAAUGGCUACGACAACAUCCCCCGAGGGAAGCUGCAGAAGGCGGAUGCGCUGGACCUGAAAGAUCUUCUGAUCAGCUACUACACCGAGGAGUACGCCGUGCAGUUGACCGCCGAGGUGCUGGAAGCCAUUAACUGCAAGGACCGCGCCGAGGAGCUACGGGCCGCCACCGGGAACAGGCCGCUGCUUCGAAACUCUUCCAACGUGCACUUCAUUGAGCGGCACAGGGAGGCCCUAAUCCAACGGACCACCCCAGUGGAACCGGUGCUGGAUAAAUUGUAUGGCUCUGUCCUCACUAAUGAGCAAUACCAAAAAAUCACUGCCAAGGAAACUAACCCAGAGAAGAUGCGAGAGCUCUACAAGCUUGUGCCAAGCUGGAACCUCCGGUGCAAGGAUAUGCUGUAUGAGGCACUGAAGGCCAAUAUCCCAUUCGUCGUGGAAGACCUGGAAGGGCGAUGAGGCCUCAAGGGAAGGCAGAAGGCAAGACCCUUUCAGGGCACCAGAAAUCCACCUCCCUAUUGCCAGGGGACUCCUACAGACAAAGCCAUACCAUGUAUUUUCCCAAGCACUCACUAUGCUCCAACCAGGACACCGUGCAAAGGCAAGAAUAACCUGCAGCCAUAAGCAGGGGUCUCACAGUCAGAGCUGCUGUGCAACCUUGGAAGGCAAGGGGGGAACCUGGUUCUGUUGUUCAGGCCUUUGGGGUGGGGCAGGGAACAGUUUUCAACAUAUAUCCUAACACAACGCAGUGGUUCUAACUAGGCCUGCCAGGCCUCCCCAUUUGGUUCACCCUGCUCUUUUGGCAAAGCCACACCCACCCGCCAUGUACCUGCUGUCAGGCUUGGGGCAGGUAAAGAUGCAGCUGGGCCAUGCAAGGGCUCCCUGUCGCUUGAUUGGAGGCAGCAUCUGUGCAGUGGCACCUUGGUUCUCAAACUUAAUCCGUUCCGGAAGUCCAUUCCAAAACCAAAGCGUUCCAAAACCAAGGCACGCUUUCCCAUAGAAAGUAAUGCAAAAUGGAUUAAUCUGUUCCAGACAAUUAAAAACAACCCCUAAAACGGCAAUUUAACAUGAAUUUUUCUAUCUAACAUGACCAUUGAUCCCUAAAAUGAAAGCAAUAAACAGUGUACUGCAGUCACACAAUCAAUCAAUCAAUCAGUAGCUGAACUGGGUUCCACACAGUCACAAAAACAAAACAAAAAGAGCCGCAAAAAGAAAAACGCAAAAUAAAAUAAAUAGCAAAAGCAGACAGACCUCAGCGUAACACUCAAAACGGAAGCGUAGCACUCCAAUCGGAAGUGUAACACUCAAAACCGAAGCAUGGCACUCAAAUCGGAAGUGUGGCACUCAAAACGGAGCACUUUCAGCUUCUGAAAAAAGUUUGCAAACCGGAACACUUAACUUCUGGGUUUGCAGUGUUUGGGUUCCACGUUGUUUGAGUACCAAGGCAUUCGAGAACCAAGGUAUCAUUGUAUAACACUUUGCAAGCUGCAAUGAAUGUUGGGGCUUGCUCAGCACUGUGCUAGGGAAACCUGAUGAUCAGCUGAUAAUUGGGGAUUCUGGGCCCAUUGCUAUACCGAAUGGGAUCACCUGACUUCAUUGUGACAAUGGGUGAUUGACAUGUGGGGGGACUGAAUCACAGAGUAGAUGGAUAGACCCAUUCAUUCUCUCCAAAUUUCUUUCAGAACCACUCACUCUUUUGUGCUGGUAAGAGUGGAAGCUCAAGAGGUCCUUGCCAGGCCUUUUGGGGUUUUAAAAAGUCCACUUUUGAAUCCCCAAAUUUAUGCACUUCACAGUUCAGGCAAGGAAGAAGGUGGCCGUUAUAGGCACAGCCCAGUGUGAGCAUCUUGAGUCAUUUGGGUGUGAGAUGAUGCAAGAGUAGCAAUCUGAACCCUUUAGGGCAGGAAUAUCUGGCAUGUUGCUCUCCAGAUGUUUUGCUCCACAGCUCCCAUCAGCCCAACCAACAGGGGUAGAGGGGCCAGGUAAGCGGUGCUGAAAAAGAGAACAUCAGUUUGCGUAUAGUGAUUUAUAUGCAUGGGUGCAAAUUUAGAAAUAAUUACUACAGUUUAAAUAAAAAUACAUAUCAUGGUGGGGAUGGCAGUCAGGCUAGGCUGCCUGCUCACCUACCUGCCAGGUGCUGCUGACACUGGACGGACAACUUCAAAGCUACCCAUCUUUCUUUUUAUGGUUCUUUAUCUUAAAGCAGACUUGGACUGGGAAGUCCUCAAAAAGAGGACAGUCCUCUUUAAUGGCUACCCUACGCCAGUAGUCAGGUGUGCGGGGAGUUGUAGUCCACCACACUGGCUAAUCCCGCUCUAUGGGGUGUCAUUUUGUUUUGUAUUCUGGGUAGAAAGCAGCUCUGAAGGCGAGCCCCUUGGUGCGGUUGUCAGGUUUCCUGGAUUCCAGGCUUUCCUUCCAGUGCCCAGGUAGCACAAUAUUCUCCAAUCUAGCUGUGAAUCCCUAUUGUGAAUACCAUUCCCUGCUCACGCCUCCCAGCGCCUUUCAAAGGAAUAAGGAAGGGGCACAAAGGGUGAAAUUAGGUUUUUGUCAUGAUAGCACAUGAUCUUGUAAAUUGCUUUGAGGCGUUUCUUUAAACAUCCAUCAGCCCCAGCCAGCAAGGCCAGUGAUCAGGGCUGAUGGGAGUGGUGCAGAGUAACAAUAAAUGUUAAGAACUAAAAUAAAGUUUUGAAUACACAAGUUUUGAUGCAAAUCACUGUGGUACAAGGAGCCAUCUUUGCCUCUCCUUGUUGUCAUUCCUAGUUGUCAUUCCAUUAAUCAGGCUGUUCUUGUCAAUAUUCCCUAAGAUGUACCAACACAAUGUGAAUUUUUAUGAAACUGGGAACAAAAACAUGCUGCAUCAACUCAGUAUUUUAUUACAUGUAAAAAAAAGAUAUGGAGAAGGAAUGUUUGUGGAGCGAUGUUAUAUGCGCCUUACAGGUGGAUUUUAGUAAAUGUGACCUUCCUAAUUCCAAGUUUGCUGUGUCCUCAUUGGGUGAGAAGGUUGGGUGGAGUGGGGUUCGGCAACCCAGGAAUUUCCUUGGAGAUCAGUUCUGAGAAGUUCAGGACAGGGGGGGUUCUCAUUGUGCAAGCAACUGCCAGCAACUGCAUCCUUGGAUUUCUUCAAGUCUAUUAUUGGGCUGGUCCCAGAGUAUGCUCUGAAGGCACAUGAGGCUACAAAAAUGUUAAUGAUUAUGCGAUAUAUGAAAUAGCUUAAAUGCCUUGCAGAAGCUAAGCAGGUCUAAAUCUGGUCAGUGCCUGGAUAGUACUAUAAUACAAUCUUGGACUUUAGGGCAGAAGAAAGGUGGCGUAUGAAUGUAAGAGAAUAAACAAGAAUAAAGCUACCAGUACAAUUUCAUGCAUUUAUACUCAAAAGUAGGUAUUGUUAUGCUACUACAUAACUUUGACCACUGUCCUAAACACAUUUACUAGCAGUUUGAAAACAAACACGUUGAACUGAAUCCUAAGGAUAUCUGGCUCUUGUUAAUUCUUGGGCAAUGCACACCGAUUCCCAGAGUGAUUUAACUAGUGGUGUAGCCCUCUUCCCAGUAAAUGGGGGAUUUUAUAGGGUUGCCAUAUUUCCUAACACCUGCAAAGCUGCUGAGCCUUUUUUGACAUAUGGAAAGCCUAGGAUUAUGGCUCUGUUAGGGGUACAGGGGCCUCCUCACAAGUGAUCCACCUGGACUGGAGAGACAGUAAAAGGUAAAGGACCCCUGGACAGUUAUGUCCAGUCAAAGGUGACUAUGGGCUUGCGGCAUUCAUCCCGCUUUCAGGCUGAGUGAGCCGACAUAUGUCCACAAAAACAAACCCGUGUUGCAAUACAGAAUAAUCUGCUCAAAUACAGCUGCAACACAUGGCUCUAUACCUUUAAAAAAUUUUUUACAUUGUCCUUAAUUAUUUGUUCUUUCCCGCACCUGUGGAUAACCUUUUAAGUUCUUUUCAUCUCUUUUAUCAGUAUCAGUUAGCUAGACUGGUUAGUGAGCUCUGAUCCACAAGUAUUAUAUUUACCUGUAUGGAUAUUUUAUCUAAAACUAGUUACAGGUAGGUAGCCGUGUUGGUCUGAUGCAGUCAAAACAAAAUAAAAAAAUCCUCCCAGUAGCACCUUAGAGACCAACAAAGUUUGUCAUAGGUAUGAUAUUUCGUGUAUCUGAAGAAGUGUGCAUGCACACGAAAGCUCAUACCUAUGACAAACUUUGUUGGUCUCUAAUGUGCUACUGGGAUGAUUUUUUUAAAUUUUGUUUUGACUAUCUAAAACUAUUUGGUAUGUAUUCCUCAUUUAUUAUUUAUUCAUUAUUUAAUAUGCAGGUUGCUCAGUAUUAUUUUUGUUGCCAUUCACUGUAUGUAAUGUAUUCAAUUUCAUCAUCAGCUGACGAAGAUUCCUCUUCGAAACAGUUGAUUCAAACUGGAUCUACUGUCUUGGACAUGAUCCAUUGAA